AUGACGCCCAAGAAGCUUCCUCCGGAGUCCCUCCCCGGGCGAAGCCCCUCCGGCGGCGGAUUCCAGCCGAUCACGAUCCACGUCCGUAUCAACAGGGACAGGAGCUACCUCCCCAGCGACAGCAUAUUCGAGUUCAGGUACGUGGUGGAGCAUGUGCCUCGGCGGCCUACACAAUCUCCGACGCAAAGGUUGGAAGAACCUGCAGACCUAAAGGAGUCGCCCAACACCGCAACGUUGGAGGAGAAAUCUUCCGGCAGCACUGCCACUGCCACUUCCUCCUCCUCCUCUCGGCAGUCAGAUCAGAACACCAUUAUGGCCUCGCCACCAUCAGGCUCGUCACGCAUUUGGGGCCAAGUACGGCAUGACUGGGGAUUCGUAUAUUACAUCAGGGUCGAUCUCGGGGGAUGUUUCCACACAUAUCCUCACACCGGCGGGCGAUUUCAGAGUUCAGAGGAAGCAGAGAGCGCCAUGGAUCGCUAUUUCCACGAGCGUCGGGAUCCAACACUGUUAGUGAACCAAGGUGCGGUUCCUUCAGUUGAGAUGGCCAUAGAACAAGCUCUUUACUGGCCUGACGGCAGAAGGAAGAAGCGUUCUAAAUGGCUUGUGGCUGAGCAAACCGGUAGUCAGGUCCACCGAUUAGUAGAAGCUUUGGUGGACAAGCAUAAUGAGGAUCACAAUCUUCUCGGGGAUCUUGCAUAUGAACUCAAAGAUGUUGUGCACUACCGAAAUUUUUGUGAGAAGCGUACUUGGUUCUAUCAUCUCAAUUUCACCAUGACUAAAGUAGCAGGUGAUUUCAAUUGUGGCAACGACAACAACCUGUUUUUUGCGGAAGUCAAAUGUGUGCGACAAGGAAAGCAAGAAGAAUUGUUGGUGGAAGCCAAGAAGAGGGAGCUGAGACGUUUGUUUACGGGAAGUGAUGAUCCAAAUGUGAAGACGAUCUUGUGGAUGCAUCCUGAUGAAGUUUUGCUGGAAGAAGACUAA